AUGACGGGAUCCGGCGAGAAGGGCGAGUCCGGAGGCAAUGCCUUUACCAACUUCGUGGGCGACAUGAAGGAAAAGCUCCAUGAUUCAAAGCUUCACGAUGUCAAGGUGGCCCUCCACCACAAAAAAAAUCAAUUCGGAAAGAUCGGUAACAUAUUCAACCACAACCAUCGCCAUGAUGAAGCGCACGAGCAGGCAUGCGACGAAAAGCGAACAGCUGCCUGCGACUCCCACCGCUUCGAGUCAUACUUUCCGGAGCGAGACGGCAACCUCGUCAAGUGGUAUGUCGACGGACGCGACUACUUCUGGGCCGUCUCGGUCGCCCUCGAACAAGCCACAGAGUCAAUCUACAUCGCCGACUGGUGGCUGUCGCCAGAGCUCUUUCUGCGCCGCCCCCCGCACUACAAGCAAGAAUACCGCCUGGACCAGAUCUUGAAGCGCAAGGCUGAAGCUGGCGUCAAGAUCUUCGUCAUGGUUUACAAGGAAGUCGAGGCCGCCUUGACUUGCAACUCCAUCCACACCAAGCACGCGCUCCAGGCGCUAUGUCCCGAAGGCACUCCUGGCCACGGCAACAUUCGCAUCCUGCGCCACCCUGACCACAAUCCAUUUGAAAAUGUGGCCGAUACUACCAUGUACUGGGCCCAUCACGAGAAAUUCAUUGUCAUUGAUUAUGCCAUCGCCUUCAUCGGUGGUCUCGAUCUCUGUUUCGGCCGUUGGGACGCCCACCACCACCCGCUUGCCGAUGUCCACCCAGAAGGCGUCACUGAGGAAAUUUGGCCAGGACAAGAUUUCAACAACAACCGCGUCAUGGAUUUUCAAAAGGUCGAGGACUGGCAGCAGAAUGAGUUGAGCAAGGCAUCGUACGGCCGUAUGCCAUGGCACGACGUCGCCAUGAGUGUCAUUGGGCCUUGUGUGUACGAUAUCGCGGAGCAUUUCGUUCUGCGCUGGAAUUUCACCAAGCGCGACAAGUACAAGCGCGAUGAGCGCUACGACUGGAUUGUUCUCGAAGGCCGCGAAGGCGAAGACGAAGACUUGGUUGGCGUGCAGAGGCCUAAGCAUCCUUGUGGCGACUACGUCAAGCAUCCGCUGACGUCUCUUGCUACCAAGAACCUCGAUAACAGAGGCACUGUCCACGCCCAGAUUGUUCGCUCCAGCGCCGAUUGGUCGAGCGGCAUACUUACGGAGCAUUCUAUUCAAAAUGCCUACUGCGAGGUUAUUCGCAAGGCUGAGCAUUAUGUCUACUUGGAAAACCAAUUCUUCAUCACUGCUACUGGUGAGAAUCAGAGUCCAAUCCACAACACAAUCGGUCGGGCAAUGGUCGAGGCCGUGCUGAGAGCCGCCAAGGAGGAGCGUAAGUUCCGCAUCAUCGUCCUGAUUCCGGCUAUUCCUGGAUUUGCGGGUGAUCUGCGCGACAACGCUGCGUCUGGAACUCGUGCUAUCAUGGACUACCAAUACAAGUCAAUCUGUCGUGGCGAACACUCCAUCUUUGGACAGAUCAAGGCACAGGGUGUCGAUCCCAGACAGUACAUUUUCUUCUUCAACUUGAGAUCCUACGAUCGUCUUAACAAAACCAAGGCUCUUGUGGAGGCCGAAGAAAAGUCUGGCGUCAAGUACCAGGAUGUGCAGCGAGCAGAAGCCGAGGAAAUCAUGAAGGAAGGUAUCCACGGCACCAAUGAUGCCGGCCACAAUGAGAGAGACGAGCAUAUGGGCACUCUUGCGCAACAGAAAUCCAAGGAAAAGGCGGCCGUGGUGGAAAGUGCCAUGGAGGCAAAGCGCAGAUUCGAAGCAGAAAUGCCAGAAGAAAAGGACACAAAGCUACCAUCGCUGGCGCACCAUGCCAUGGCUGGUCAGGGUCCCAUCACCGAGGAGCCUUGGGAUGAUGAGGACGACAAGGAGCUGGAAAUCCGAAACUGGAUCCAGGAAGAAUUGUAUAUUCAUUCAAAACUUCUCAUUGCCGACGACCGCGUCGUGAUUUGCGGCUCCAGUAAUAUCAAUGACCGCAGCCAGCUCGGGUACCACGACAGCGAGCUGAGCAUUGUCAUGGAGGACACACGCAGAAUCCCGAGCAGCAUGGACGGCAAGACAUUCGAAGCCGGCUAUCAUGCGGCCACACUUCGCCGAUACCUGUGGCGCGAGCACUUGGGACUGCUGCCACCCCAAAACUUCGACGCGGCUGACGACAUCAACGCUCAGCCGCCAAGUGUGAACCCCGAGAACGACAUUUACGACCAGGACGAGAGCUACAAGUUUGUCGAGGAUCCACUAGGCGAUGAGCUUUGGGACCUUUGGACCAGCCGCGCAGACAGAAAUACGGAAAUAUUCCGUCACUUGUUCCAUUGCGAUCCAGAUGAUCAUAUCAAAACAUUUGAGGACUAUGACCGAUACCUCCCGCCGCGGGGUGUCAAGGCGGGCCACAUAUUUGACCAGUUUAUGCCGGCCGCCGACGCGCGAGCCAAGCUGGAUGAGAUCAAGGGCCACCUGGUGUGGAUGCCGAUGGACUUUUUGCAGGAUGCCGAGAUGGCCGAGAGGGGCCUGCAGGUCAAUUCGUGGACGGAGAGUGUGUACACGUAG